ACCCAGGCUCUCUUUCUUUCUUACAAACACCAGGCUUUCGCAUCUUUUUUGAAUCUGACAGCUGCUGGCUGGCUUUGUAUACUGACCCUUUUUCUUUACAAAGGAAAGGCAUCACACUGAGGACGAUUUGGGCGUCUUGAGAACACCGAAACAUAUUAUGGCAGCGACAUGUCCGUCUGAAAACACACAAGCCAUUGAUCAAACCAGCUUCUGGAGCUCAAGUGGCUUGAACUGGGACGAACAUCGCAUUGGUUGGGCAAUUGCAGGUGGUUGCACAGUCCUUACUGUUAUUAUCUCUUCCAUCUCUGUGCUACAACACUGUCGUAAUUAUCAUGUUCCUAACGAGCAGCGUCAAGUACUACGAGUACUGUAUAUGCCGCCGGUCUAUGCUAUCAUCUCAUUCUUUUCCUACCGUUUCUUCCGGAGCUAUACUUAUUACUCCCUCAUCGAAGCUGCAUACGAGGCUGUUACUCUCAGCGCAUUUCUAUUACUUCUCAUAGAGUAUGUAGCUGCUACCGCGACGGGUCACAACGCAAUACAAGCCAUCGAGAGGAAAGAUAAAAGGCCGCUCCCCAUACCAUUUUGCUGUUGGAGAUAUCGGCCUACUAAAGCCUACUUCAUGUAUACCGUGAAGUGGUCUGUCUUACAAUACGUCAUCAUCCGACCAGCUUGCUCUAUAGCCGGCAUCAUUUGCCAAGCAUACAACGUGCUGUGUGAAUCAGGGUCAUUCAACGUACACUUUGCAAAUGUUUAUCUAGAAGCUAUAGAUUUUGUCAGUAUCAGUAUCGCUCUUUAUGGACUUUUGCUAUUCUACGGUUUGACCAAAGACGAGCUUGUGGGCAGGCGUCCACUGUCCAAGUUUCUUGCCAUCAAGCUCAUUGUCAUGUUCACGUUCUAUCAGUCGUUCGUCUUCUCCGCCUUAGAGGGUCGCGUCAUCCAAUCCACUACGUAUUGGACUGCCACUAACAUUGCUGAUGGUCUCAACGCGCUAGCAAUAUGUGUGGAGAUGGUCUUCUUCUCCGCAUUUAUGUGGUGGGCUUACACUGUGAAUGAGUAUAAGUUCAAGGGAGGAGAGACGACCAGCAUAUGGCGACCGUUGUGGGAUAGCAUCAACUACACCGAUUUCGUCAUCGAAAUUGCAGGUUCCCUCAAGUUCUUCUUCGACUGUUCUCGUGGAAAGCAUCCCACACGCACUCAAGCACGGCGUGCGAGCAUCGGCGGUGUAGCCAAUAACAACAGCAAUAAGAUGGACUUUGGAGAGGCCUUUGGUGUGAGCGGCAGCGCUUAUUCAAAAGCUCGGCCUGCUGCGGUCAGCGCUCCAUACUCCUACAACGAAUCGCGUAUCAUGAACAGCGGCAGUCCAGUCAGCGAAUGAUUUUUCCGUUUCUAGGCUGCACAUAUUGCUCUAGCCGUGGAGGUCCUCAUCGUAGGAGACAAGUGGUAUUUACGUGUUUUCGGAGUCUUCGGUCUUCCAUCGAACGGUGAUACCCUUGGUUUUGCACGACUUCUGGGACAAACAAUUUUAGUUUAGUUUUCUCUGUUGGGAUUUCUUUUUUUAAAGAUUAACUUGUCUACGCUCGUUAUUUCAUCGUGAUCGCUUGAAACGUGUCUACUGUAUAUAUAGCACUUUUCUUUAUUUCUUGGCCAAUACGUGUGGUUU